UCUGAUAUUAUACGAUCUUCUAAACAUGAAUACUAAGUUUGUUUUGCUGAUUGGACUGUCAGCCCUCCUGUUGAUGUUGAGUGCAGUAGAAGUCCAUAGCUGGGGAGGGUUUGGCGGAUAUGGUAGUAGAUAUGGUGGUAGAUAUGGUGGCGGAUAUGGUGGUAGAUAUGGUGGUGGAUAUGGGGGUGGAUAUGGAGGUGGAUACGGAGGUGGAUACGGUAGCAGGUAUUAUGGAAAUAAUUUCCGCCGGCAUCACAGCUACUGGUAAAAAGAAGUUGGACAACGAGACCUUUUAGGAGGUAGACAAUCAACAACGUUGGCAUUAGUGUAGUCUUAAUUCUAGUAUUUCUUCUGCAUUCUAACAAAUCACUCUGUUUUUUCUGCGAACUUUUUUGUUUCGUAUUUGUUAAAAUCAAUGAAUUUGUUAAAAAACACGAUCUUUCAUUGAAGUUGGUUUCAUUGAAACUUAACAACUGUUUUUUUACAAUUUCCAAGAUAAAUUCCUAUCGUUUUCUUAUAUCAUUGUUAAGAUAGAUCUCACUUAAUGCACAGCAAACUAUCAUAUUUUUAUAAUGCCUUAAGCCUUCCAUUUUAAUUUCUAACUAGGUGGAGUUUAUGUCCGUUGGACGGGUGAAAUAAAAACUCUUUUGUAAUAAAGGA